CACAAGCUUUAUAAAAGGCGUCUUGAGCUUUGCAGCUCAAUUUGCAAGCAAUACCAGCAGCCCAGGACAACAGUAUCAGUAAAUCAGUUUGGUUUUCAUCUCUCUCAUUGUGGCAAUGGAUGUAGGAAAUUUCACCGUUGACGCCACAGAAACUUCUCCAAACCAGAGCAGUUGUGAUGUGUUGGUCUACCAAAGAGCUGCUGUGGUCCUAUUCCCCAUUUUCUACUCUGUAGUUUUCAUCAUCAGUGUUUGCGGUAACAGUUUGGUUCUCUAUGUCAUCUGCCAGAGGAAGCAGAAGUUCAACUCUACUUCCAUCUAUUUGGUCAACUUGGCACUCUCCGAUGCCCUGUUUACUCUGGCACUGCCAGGAAGAAUUACUUACUACAUCCGUCAUUUUGAUUGGCCCUUUGGUGACAUUCUCUGCAGAUUGACCACACUUCUCUUCUUUGCAAAUACCUAUGCAGGUAUUGGCUUCAUGACCUGCAUCAGUUUGGACAGAUACCUGGCCAUGGUGCAUCCACACCGGCUGCAGUGCUUGCGAAGUGUAAAAGUAGUUCGCAGAGUCUGCUGCCUGGUCUGGGUUUUAGUAUCCAUGGAGGUAUUGCCUCUCCUUUUUCGUAGCAUGCUGCGCAUGCGCCAGGAAAAACGAACCUGCAUGGAGUACUUCAACUUUGAAGGCUCCCGUUUCACUCCUUAUUUCCUGAUCCUGGCCUGCUUCAUGUCCUUCUGUUGUCCGCUUGCCAUCAUCAUGGGGUGCUAUGCCAAGAUCAACCUGAAACUGCGAACUGCAGCCAAGCAGAACUCCAUGACUGCCCGAACGAAGAGAAACCAUAGGGCGAAUGUAAUUAUUUUACUCAUCCUCCUCACAUUUAUCAUCUGCUUCAGCCCUUAUCACAUCAACAUCAUGCAGUUCAUGUUCAGGAAAAUAAACCACCAGCCAACCUGUGAAGAACUCAGAGCCUUUAAGAUGUCAUUACAGAUUACAGUAUCACUAAUGAACUUCAACUGCUGCUUGGAUCCAGUCAUUUACUUCUUUGCCAUAAAAACCUACAAGAAGCGGGUGAUGAGUCUGUUCAAGGAUUAUCUCUAUACUUCCGCUGCUUCCUCCAAAAUAACAGCUGAGAAUAGCAGUAGCAACACCUGAGAAAAACCACAGAAAGACCGCAUUUAACUUGUCAAACUCAAAAAGAUAAAAUGUCUUCUCACUUGUGUGGAUACUGUUGAUGCAAAUAUUGUGGAUCUUGUAAACAUAUAAUGAGUUCAUUAUAUGUUCAUCAUAUAAUGUGUUACACAAAGUCUUGACAUGUAAUUUAGGAGUUAUAUUCAUCUCCACCCCCUUCCAAAAAAAAGAUCUGUUAUUUUGUUUUGAUAUGAGUUGUUGUUUAUUUGCAUUGCAUAAUUUAAUUUCCUAUGCUUUUUU